CAUCGAACGAGUUUACCAUUGACGUCCUCCCUUUUUUUGCUUCCCUCCUUCACUCUCCUUGCAUCAACUUACGCGGCAGAGGAUUCAAGAAAGCUCAGCAACCAUGUCCAGCCAAUAUGAUCUCACCUCGAAGAUGAUCCCCUUCCUGGAUCAGCAUCUCGUCUUCCCCCUCCUCGAGUUCCUCGAGAUCAACGAGCUCUUCUACACCCCUACCUCGCUGUUGGAGGCCCGCUAUGAGCUGUCCUUGAAGACCAACAUGAUCGACUUUAUUGACAAGCUUCAUGGAGAGUUGGAAGACGCUGGCGUCACCCCCGCUGCCAUCGAGCUCGUCAAGAAGCGCGAUGAGAUUUUGGAGCGUCUGGAGGCUGCUCAGGCCGAGGCGCGCAAGGUUCUAGAUGUCAUUGAGAACCCCGAUGUGAUUGCUGCUCUCCGUCAAGAUAAGCUUCAGAACUUGCAGUUCUUGAAUGACAACUACAGUAUGACUCCCGAAAUGAUCCAGACGCUUUACAAGCUUGGCCAGAUCCAGUACAGCUGCGGAAACUAUGGUGGUGCUGCCGAUAUGUUGUACCAUUAUCGUGUGUUGUCCACCGACGACAACCUCGGACUCUCUGCUCUUUGGGGCAAGUUGGCCUCGGAAAUCUUGGUCGGAAACUGGGAGGUUGCCUUUGAGGCCGUCCAGGAGUUAAAGGAGAGCAUUGACAAGACUCACUUCCCCUCUGCUCUUCAUCAGCUGGAGCAGCGCACCUGGUUCCUUCACUGGUCCCUGUUCGUCUUUUUCAACCACCCCAAAGGCCGCGAUGCUGUUGUCGACCUUUUCCUCCAGCCUGCGUACAUCAACACCAUUCAGACCUCUUGCCCAUGGAUCCUUCGUUAUCUCACUGCUGCUGUUAUUACCAACAAGCGCCGCAAGACUCUGAUUAAGGAUCUCAUUAAGAUUAUUGAGCACGAGUCGUACCAGUACCGCGACCCCGUCACCGAGUUUGUCGAAGCCCUCUACAUCCACUUUGAUUUCGACUUGGCGAAGAAGAAGCUGGUCGAGUGCGAGGAGGUUCUUGAGAACGACUUCUUCUUAGUGGCCAUUCAGGAGGAGUUCAUUCAGAACGCCCGUUGCUUCAUCUCGGAGACAUACUGCCGCAUCCACCAGAAGAUCGAUGUUGCAGAGUUGUCCCAGACGUUGAACAUGACCAAGGAGGAGGGCGAGAAAUGGAUUGUGAACCUGAUUAGGGACACCCGUGUGGAUGCCAAGAUUGAUUUCAAGGAAAACACAGUUUUGAUGAACACCAACGCCACGUCUGUUUACCAGCAGGUCAUUGAGCGGACCAAGGGACUAUCGUUCAGAUCCCAGGUCUUGGCGACUUCGAUCGAUAAGCGUGAGACUGCCCAGGCCAAGGCUGCACAACACGAGAAGAGCCACCCUUCGACGGAAGCUGCCUAAGCGCGUGUAGUUUUUGUGUCUUUGAGAUCGGAUUAGAGUACUUGUUGGGGGACGCAGGGGGCGGUUGAGGUUGCAGUACGGUAUAUAUAAAAAAAAGACGCAUUAAAUGUUCAUGAAAUUAUAUACAAAAAC